GAGGGUUACGUUCUCUUAGGCACUCGCUUCUCUCUUACGGAAUUCAACCCAGCGGUGGAUUCCAGAUUAAGAGCCCCACCAAGCGUUGCGGGAGAUAAAGAACGAAUUAUUAUUAUUUAUAGGGCUGUUCAGUAGUUCGUCGCUCGUCGUCCGCUGCACAAUGCUGGGAGUUCUGGGUCUGCUACUCCUGGUGGCGUUCGCCACACUCCUUGUGUGGGAUUACUUCUGGCGGAAGCGGCGCAACGAUAUGCUGCACUAUAUGCCGGGUCCGCGGCCACUUCCGCUCCUGGGAAACGUGCUCAUGUACCGUGGUUUAAAUGCCGAACAAAUCAUGGACUUUGUGACCAAGAACCAGCGCAAGUACGGUCGCCUUUACCGGGUGUGGGUCAUCCACCAGCUGGCCGUGUUCUCCACGGAUCCCCGGGACAUUGAGUUCGUGUUGAGUAGCCAGCAGCACAUCACCAAGAACAAUCUGUACAAGCUGCUGAAUCCCUGGCUGGGCGAGGGAUUGCUGAUGAGCACGGGCAGGAAGUGGCACGGUCGCAGGAAGAUCAUAACGCCGACGUUCCACUUCAAGAUCCUGGAGCAGUUCGUUGAGAUCUUCGAUCAGCAGAGCGCCGUGAUGGUGGAGCAACUUCAAUCGCGGGCCGAUGGCCAGACGCCCAUCAACAUCUUUCCGGUGGUGUGUCUAACUGCUCUGGAUAUCAUUGCAGAAACCGCCAUGGGCACAAAGAUCAAUGCCCAGAGGAAUCCCAAUCUUCCCUAUGUCCAGGCUGUCAAUGACAUCACCAACAUCAUGAUCACUCGCUUUAUCCACGCCUGGCAGCGCGUCGACUGGAUAUUCCGGCUGACCCAGCCAACGGAGGCCAAACGCCAGGAUGCAGCCAUCAAGGUGAUGCACGACUUCACGGAGAACAUCAUCCGCGAGCGUCGUCAAACGCUGGUCAGCAGUUCCAAGGAUGCGACGCCCGAUGAACUGGUGGACGAUCUGGGCCAGAAGCGCCGCCUGGCCCUGCUGGACGUGCUGCUGCAGUCCACCAUCGAUGGCGCUCCUUUGAGCAACGAGGACAUCCGCGAGGAGGUGGACACCUUCAUGUUCGAGGGCCACGACACCACCACAUCGGCCAUUUCAUUUUGUCUGUACGAGAUCUCCAGGCAUCCGGAGGUGCAGCGCCGUCUGGUGCAGGAGAUUCGCGAGGUUCUCGGCGAGGAUCGCCAGCGGGCAGUUAGCCUGCGCGAUCUCGGCGAGCUGAAGUACCUGGAGAAUGUGAUCAAGGAGUCGCUGCGUCUGCAUCCGCCGGUGCCCAUGAUCGGCCGCUGGUUCGCCGAGGAUGUGGAGAUACGUGGCAAGCGCAUUCCAGCGGGCACCAACUUCACGCUGGGCAUCUAUGUUCUCCUGCGCGAUCCCGAGUACUUCGAGUCACCCGAUGAGUUCCGACCGGAGCGAUUCGAAGCGGACGUUCCGCAGGCUCAUCCGUAUGCGUACAUUCCCUUCUCCGCCGGACCCAGGAACUGUAUUGGCCAGAAGUUCGCCCUGCUGGAGAUGAAGAGCACCGUCAGCAAGCUGCUCCGGCACUUCGAGCUGCUGCCUUUGGGCCCCGAGCCCCGGCACUCGAUGAACAUCGUCCUCCGCUCGGCCAACGGCGUCCAUUUGGGCUUGAAACCCCGCAAAGCGGAUCACAACAUGCUGGUGGGUUUGCUGGCGACUCUCCUGGUCGCCCGUCUGGUGGCCUGGCUGUGCCGCUUGGCUCUUAAGGAGCUGCGACAUCCUCUGCGCGGCGUGGUGCCCAGUGUUUCGAGGGUUCCCCUCGUGGGUUCCGCCUGGCAGAUGCGCAGUUUCCAGCCAGACAAUCUCCAUGAGAAAUUCCACGAGUAUGUCCAGCGAUUUGGUCGCAGCUUCAUGGGCUGCGUCCUGGGCCAUGUGAUUGUGGUGACAGCGGAGCCGCGACACGUGGAUGCACUGCUGCAUAGCCAGCAGCAGCUGAGGAAGGGCACCAUGUACUGGGCUUUACGUGGCUGGCUGGGCAAUGGACUCCUGCUGAGCCGCGGCGAGGAGUGGCACACGAUGCGCAAGAUCAUCACGCCCACGUUCCACUUCAGCAUCCUGGAGCAGUUCGUGGAGGUCUUCGACAGGCAAAGCUCUAGGUUAGUGGAGCGUCUGAAGCCCCAUUCCCAGGGCGUUUCAGCUGUAAACAUCUAUCCCUUUGUGGGAUUGGCUGCCCUGGACAUCAUCACCGAAACUGCCAUGGGUGUAAGUGUGGGCGCCCAGGAAGAUGACGAUUCCGAGGUGGUCUGCGCUGUAAAAGAUCUGACAAACAUCUUGGCCACCCGGUUCAUGCGACCGCAUCUCCUGUUCCCCCAGAUCUUCCGCCUGUGCUGGCCCAGUGGCUUCAGGAAGCAGCAGGCCGGCGUCCGCUGUCUGCAUCAGUUCACCAAUGGCAUCAUAGAGCAGCGUCGCCUUCUCCUGGCCAGGGAAUCGCACCAGGAGAAGCCAGAGAUGCCAGAGAAGCGCCAUGCCCUGCUGGACACCCUGCUGCGGGCCUCGGUGGAUGGACAGCCGCUGACCGACCAGCAGAUUCGCGACGAGGUGAACACCUUCAUCUUCGAGGGUCACGACACCAGCACCUCGGCGGUUUCCUUCUGCUUGUACCUGCUCUCCCGCCACGAGGCAGUGCAGCAGCGGCUGUUCGCGGAGCUGCGCGAGCGCUACGGCGGAGAUUUGGACAGGCGGGUCGUCCAUUCGGAUUUCGCCGACCUUCCGUAUUUGAACUGCGUGGUCAAGGAGUCGCUGCGUCUGUAUCCGCCCAUUCCGGCGGUGGCCCGUUGUCUGGAAAGGGAUUUGGCCAUAGAUGGCGGCCACAUCCCGGCGGGAACCAAUGUGGUCGUACUUCUCUGGCAGCUCCUCCGGGAUGAGGAACUCUUUGCCAGUCCGUUGCUCUUCCAACCGGAGAGGCACCUGGGGGGGGAUGGGGCCGCCACCCGACUGGGGCCCUACAGCUACAUACCCUUCUCCGCCGGACCGAGGAACUGCAUCGGCCAGAAGUUUGCCCUGCUGGAGCUGAAAACCAUGGUGAUCAAGCUGGUGCGGCACUACCAGCUGCUUCCAAUGGGCCCGCAGGUGGAGCCGUCCAUCAAGAUUGUGCUGCGAUCGAGGAGCGGUGUUAAUGUUGGGCUGCGUCCGCGAUUGUACCAAUGAUUUGUGAUUUUAGUAUUAAAGUGGCGCCAAAGCAGUUUGAAUCUAUCUGCCGUUAUCGAUAGCAGUCAGCUGGCGUGGAGAUGGACGGAUUUGACGGUUUACCGCCAAACUAGCUAGAUUUGAAAAGUAACUAACGGUAGUUAACGAAUUUAAAUACAACUAAAAACUAUGUGAUAAUGCUAACGAAAUAAUAAAGAAAUA